GCACAAAACGACCAUCAGUCAGCAGUUGACUAAACACAACGCAACAUCCAAUACAACUACAAAAGUUUUUGAUAAAGCUUCGUCGUUUCUCAACGAGAGUGCAUCCAUCUAUUUUCUCUAAUCUACAACAAAGUAAACGUCAAAACAUCGUCAUCAACAUGCCUUGCCCCUGUGGAACUGGUUGCAAAUGCGCUACUGAGAAAUCCAGUGGUACUUGCGGAUGCGGUACCUCCUGCAAAUGUGCCUCUGGCGGCAGCUGUGACAAGGGUAGCUGCGGCAAGUAAACGAAGAAUAGCCUGAAAUCAAAUCAAUAUUCUUCCUUACUAUGGCUACUGUAGCAUAUUCUGCAAUCUUUUGUGUAUUUUCUCAUGUCUGGGAUCGAAUUGUAUUAUGUAUUAUAGACUAGUUGUAAAAUCUCUUUUUCAUUAGAGUUGCUUGUAUCAAAAUUCUUGCUAAUCACUUGCAAUAUAUUUUUUGCAUUUUUCUAAAGAGCACUAUUUUUUUAUAAAAAAAAGUGAAAUACAAAGACACAAAAAUAAACAUAACAAGUUUUUUUCUGA